AUGAACAUUGAUACACAAGAAGUGACCAACUCAGGCUUACACCCUAUAGAGCUAUGUGUUUAUUCUCUGCUCAGCAAUAAUCUUGAGAGCAUAUACCAAUCGAUCAAUGAAUUAAGGGAAUCACAGGCUGUGCUAAUACUACAGUUAAAAAAACUAAGAGAGAAGUGCAAGGAUGAGCAGGAUCAACUUAAUAAAGAAUUAACAUUAGGCGAUGAAACCCUGCGGCUGGAGAAAUUACAACGCAAGGUUGAUGCUCUAUUGAAGAGGUACGAAAGGAUGGUUUCAGCUGUAUCAAAAUAA